AAAAGUUGCGAUUACUAUCAAAAACCUUUCCCACAAGUAACUCUCGAGUAUCCAGAAGUUUAUAUUGAAUCAGGAACGUCUAAUUAUGGGCUUCCUAUGAAUCAACUAACAAAUGAUAAAGGGUUAGUUUGGGGUGCUCGUAAGACUGCUGGCUUUACUGGAGGAACCGUAGGUGUCAUUGUGUACCAUCUUAAAGAUCGUCGUGUUAGAGCUAACCAAGCAUUAUAUGAAAGGAUGUAUCAUGACCUUCCCCAUGAAGGUGACAAUAAUAUCCAUCGCGGAAUUCUAAAUUCUGAUCUUCUAUACUCGGGAUCCAUGGGAAACUCUGGAACACCUACUAUUGAAAUAGAGAUUUUAAAUUAUAGAACUAUUAGUACAGCUUCUUCUUCCGCUUAUGUUAGCGAAAAAAAAGAACCUAUUCCGACAAAUCCUUCGACAACUACGACUUCUGCAAAACCAAAAAUUACUACAGAAACUACAAAUAGAUUAAGUCAGGAAAUGAAAGUUAUAAUUGGUACUAUAAGUGGAAUUGCCUGCGUCGCAAUAUUAUCAACUAUAGGAAUCAUAAAACAAAUUCAAGUUAAAGAGCAAAACGUCCCAACACACGACGAAGUCGCUGCCUUUGAAACAUAUCUGAGUAUUGACCUAGGGGCCCCGUUGGUUUUAAAGCUUAAAUUCCUAGUACGUAAAACCGUGUCUAGUUCGCCUAGUGCAGGAUAUGAUGACGUGGUAUGA